GGAGCCGGCAGGCGAGUGAACCUGCGAGUCCGCAGCCGGGGGCCGCGAGGUGGUAAGAAGCUGCGGGCGAGGGCCGCACGGGGCGUUGGCAUUAAGGCACGCGCUUGCGUCGCUGACUUGGAUGCGGCGGGGACGCUUUUGCGCCCGGUGCGCUCGAGACGCGAGCCUGUCAACAGCUGGCCACGCCAGCCACAGUCGCAGGGAGCAACUGGGAGCGUUGCCGGUGCGACUGCGACGGGUAGAAAGAGGCGGAGGCAGCAGACUGCUACACCAGCGGAGACCCGAGCAGAGACGCAGCGGCUCCUGAGGAUCCCGGUUUCCUGAGGAUACAAUGACGGUAACUGUGGUGUAUGAUAACUCUGAGGCAACAGAGCUCUGUGCAGCUCAACACCUCUACCUGAAGCCCAUAGCAAAACUGAUGAUCAGUGUGUUACUCCCAGAGAGUAUAGAACAUAUGAGGCCUUUCUCCAACUGGGAAGUUCUUGACCAACUGAAGAACCUGAUUUGCCCUGAUCAGUUCACCACAGUUCGGCUUUCCAAGAGUACGAAGGACUUCAUCCGAUUUGAGGGGGAGGCUGAAACGCGAAGUUUGAUUCAGAUCCUGAAGGCAAAGUUACAUGGGAAGAUCAUCAAGCUGAAUGGUUUGAAAACAGACUUAAAAGUAAUGGCUUCAGAUGCCCAAGGAGAGUGGGAGCACUUCUCCAAGGAACAGGAGACCCCAUCAAGUGAUGGGGCUGAUGAGCAGGACCACGAUAAGAGCCCGGAUUCCAUAUAUUUUGAAGGCUUGCCCUGCAAGUGGUUUGCACCUAAAGGUUCCAGUGGGGAGAAGCCAUGUGAAGAGAUUCUUCGGGUGGUCUUUGAAUGUUUUGGAAAGAUCAAGAAUGUAGAUAUCCCUAUGCUUGACCCCUACAGAGAGGCAAUGACUGAUGGGAGCUUUGGGGGUUUUAGCUUCGGCUUGCAGACAUUUGAGGCUUUUAUACAGUACCAGGAGUCAACUGACUUCAUAAAAGCCAUGGAGUCCCUUCAAGGGAUGAAGCUGAUGCUUAAAGGGGAGGAUGGGAAAGCUCUAGCAUGUAAUAUUAAGGUUAUGUUUGAUACAACCAAACACUUCAGUGAAGGAGCUAUAAAGAGGAGAGAUCAAGAAAGGCUAAAAUUACAAGAGCUGGAAGAAGAGAGGAAAAAAGAAAAGAAGAGAGAAGAGGAAGAGGCUGAAAGAAAAAGGAAAGAGGAGAGGAAAGCCCAGGAAAAGAGAAGGAAGGCCAGGGUCAGGAGGCGAGCCCUGAAGGAAAGGGACAGACACCGACGAAGGAGGCGGGACAGAGCCAAAGUAGAGGCGCCGCAGGAGCCCAACUCUUCGGAGGAGUGGGAGGAGAGAAAGUUCCUGCUGGUUCAGAGGCGUGUGGAGGCCUUUCGGUUGCUACAGGUGCUCCUGAGGAAAAUUACAGAAUCCACACAGGAGGUAGAUGUUGCAGGCCCUGAAGCUAAUCAUGAUCUGGGGAACACAUUGGAAACUCUGAAGAAAAAAGAGUUAAAUACUCAGUAUCUUCAAAAUCAGGAGGAAAUGCCAAAAUAUCGGGUUGUCAAUUCAGACAAUAAACAAAAACAAAAAAUGAAGAAACGAAGUAGGGCUCACUUACGUAAACCUCCCAACUACCAUCAGCAAAAAGAAAAAAGAUAUUCAGCUAGAAAAGAGAAAACUAGAAAAUUAUUAACUGAUGGAUAUAGUCACAGUUUUGUCUCUGACCAGGAUUCCUUGCUAAUUACAUUAAUUCAAGGUCAGCUUCUUGAGAAAAAAGAUCUCAGUUCUAAUAAAUCCUAUCCUUCCAAAUUAUCUGAUAGAGACCAUUGCAGGAAACAGAAGAUCUAUGAAACAGAUGAAUUUAUUGACUACCUAUUAAACUAUUACUACUAUAAGACUCCAAAAUAUGCCUCUGUCUGCCUAGAACCAAGUCACACAACAAGCACAUGUCAGUGGCAGAGGUUUGUCCAUGCCAAAGGAAAUGGAUUUCAAAUCAAUUUGAGAAAGCGUAAGUGUCACUCAACCAGGUUGAGCCAAAUGCAAAACCUGGAAAGGAGAGAACAAGUUCAAGAAGAUGAUUACUGGACAAAGAUUUGUACUCAGCAUCCUGUGCAUAAAUCACAAAAGAGAGGAAAAGUGACUUAUACCAAAGAAUGUAUGAAGGAGUUUAAAUAUCAUUGCAAGGGCACAGCCAAUGAAGCUGGUGAUCAGCUGACCCCAACUCAUGGAAAGGGCUAUCUGUUGGAAAAGACCCAUGCUUACCAGGUCAAAGAUUCCAAAUCCAGAAGUCAAAGCCAAGUUUCCUCACCCAACAGGUCAGCAGGUUUAGAUUUGGAGUUGACAGAUUUUUUAGAGGACAUUAGUAGUGAUUCAGAAUGCUUCAGUGAAACCCUUAGCAUAAACCAAGAGGAGAAAGAGAAAUCUAUGGCCCCAUACGAAAGCUCCCCAGAAAAAGGAUCUCUUGAUGCUGAUGAAAUCAUCAUUUGCAAUCAAGAAAUUAGGUCAAGUCAGCAGACCUUGUAUUCAAAGUGGAAACAUGAUAGGAAGGAGAAAUAUUCUAAAUACCAGCUUAGGAAAUCAGAAAAGAGGUCCAAGUAUGAAUUGAGAUGUUCAUGGCUUAAAGGUAAAAAUUCCAUGAGAGAUGAUAAGAGGAACAACAAAAAGAGGGAAAUACUAGCCCCCAAAUACUUGUCUGAUGAAGGCUACUACCACAAAUCUAGUUCUAAUGACCUAUUAGACCGUAUCACAAGAAAGAGGAGGAGGAUUAGUGAUAAUAUAUUUGACCAGAAAGUGAACUAUAGGUCCUCUCAUGUGCCAAUAACAUCAUCGAGAUGUGCUAAUGCUUUCUAUUUGGGGCAUUUUCCCCAAAGAAGAGAGACUCUGUGGAAGUCAGAAUAUAAUCAGGAUGCAAGAAGGCUUAAAAGACGUGAGAAUUCUACAGAUUUCAUGCUGACUUCUGGUAAUUAUAUUAGACAUAACAGUCAGGAGCUCACUGACUAUGGAAGCUAUUUAGGGAACAGCUACACUACUUCUUUACAUUUUAAAAUGUUUUGAAGUUCUCUUAGAUCAGGAACAUCCUUAUUCACAAUAAACAAUUUUCAAAAAUAGCAUUUAAAACCAAAUACAGCUGUCGUUAACAGUGACAAGAGCAAGAGAGCAAAGCUUGAGCAAAGUCAAAUAAAAAACCUUGUUUCUCUUGCCAAAGUAUAAAGCAUAGGUCAAAAUCACUGCAGGUGUGUUGGCAAGCUUUGGAAAUAUAAAACAUCCACUUUCUGAAGCUUGGUAAAACAAUGUAAUCGCAAAACUUCUUGAUCCAAGGACAGACGUUUCUACAGUUCAACUGCAACUUCAAUUUGGUACAACAAAGGAGCAAAUUAACAUCGAGAGGUAUUGAGAUAGCCCUCUUUGGCCCUUUAGCUGUCACAAGUUGGUCAUUUAGUGUCAUUUAUCUUCAAAGUGGACAACAGUGAAUAGAUAAGGAUCUUUUUACAUGUUCUUUGAUUUGCUCAGAACACCAUGUACAACAAACUUUCCUAAAUUUUCAUCUGGAAAUACCUAUAGAUAAAAAAAGAGAGACAACAGCUAGAACAUAUAAUAGACUUCUUCAUGACUUUUGAAGGUUUCAUGAGCACCCAUCAGAAGGAAAUUAAUCUUAUUAAUAUUUUCAUAGUACUCAAAGAGUUGUCCUUUUAGAAACAAAGUCUUGGAAGAAGAAUCUAGAAGGGGCUCAGAUUAUCAAGGCUUAAACAGACAGUGGACCAUUAGCAGAGUUGUUUUUGAAGAACCCCAUGUCAUUCCAACCUAGAAAAGCAACAGGAAUGAAGUGAUGCAACCAGUGGGAUUUGCAAAAGGAAAUAUUGAGAGAUACUGGGGCACCAAUAAUGGCACUUGUCAAGAGAGGACAUGACAGUAUUCCAUUUCAGGUUAUGUAAUCCUUUCACUCAGGGUUGGGUGACAUUAGUUUAUGAAAGCCACUGACUAUCCCCAAACUGACUUUUAUUAAACAUUAACAAGUGCCUCCUCAAUCCUCAAUAAUGCCGUGGAGUCAGGAAGAGUCAAAGGCAACACCCAUAGUUUUCUAGCUGGGGAAAGUCAUAUGUAUGCAGAAUUUGUAAACUCUUGACAUAAACAAUUUAUCUUUUUACCUACUGGUUUUGGACUUAUUGAAUAUGUUUUUAAACUGAGAUAUUUUAUAGAUUCAUAAAGACUUACAUCUUAAUGCAGUGCAUCUUCUAUUGAAAGCUUGGCUGAUUCAUUCUGCCUUAUAUUGUAUUUAGGACCUCAGGGGCAGUAGGUGAACUCUUUUCCCCAACAAAGCUAUACCUGACUUGGCAAUUGAAGACAUUAAUGGGAUUAGAAUACCAGCAGCAGGAAAAGGUGAUUUUAAUCCACAGAAGUAGUGGAAGGCAACAUUUUCAUGUGACGUGAUUCAUUUCCAAUAAUCCUAACUUGAUAGAAAAGUACCAGUCAGCUGGUACAGCCAAGGUAGGAUGCCAGCUAGUGUGGUUGCCCAGAAUGAAAAGGCAUGAUGUAUGCUCAUAACCAGCCUAUUGAGCAACCUGAUAUCUGAAGAGGCUAAAAAAUCUAAUUUAUGUAAAGUGAGAACCACAUAUUGUCUCAUUGAUCUCUUCUAAUCACAUUUAGUAGAGGUAUGUUAGUACAUGCAAAAGUUAAGAAAUGAACCUAACGUAGCAGAUUGUUUAUUAUUUAUAAGAUAAUAACCAACAAAUGAUUUCCUGGCUCUCCUGUCUUUAAUUCUACUUUCAAUUCCAAUGACUCUGCCAUGGAAACUAAGUUUGGCUUGUCAAAUCUGAAAAAUUGCUCAUGGGGUGAGUGCCUUUUCUAUUUUAAGGACUAGCAAUGACUAUUAAUGUUCAAAGUACUGUUGUCCAGAGCAGCAAACUACCAACAGCUUGUAUUUUGUCAGACAACUUUCGGGCAACUAGGUAUCAUUCUCUUCCAAUGAGACCCUGCCUCCUUAUUUUUUUUUAUGUUUCAUGCCAUUGAAACAAAGAACAUUAUGGGUUUGUAAUGAAAGCAGCUAUACUUGUUUUGAAAUAAAAAUCUCAUUUUCUUCUGUCAUUUGACAAUCUUUUUUUGUAGAGAUGUUAAGCAUGGAAACAAUUUGCUGCUCAGUAACCAGACAUAAAAAAUGAAUUGCCGAAAACAGCAUGUGCUCUUUUUUUGAUACAAUAAAACUGGUGCUAAGUCACAUCUAUGUAUGUGUAUAUGUGU